AUGAGGAUGAAAAGGAAAGGAAGUGAGUGUGACGAGUCCUCGAAAUUGACUGACAUUUUGAGAUCCAAUCAUGGGUCUCCGUCGUCCAAUUUUGAGACCCAUUAUUCGAUGGAAGAUUGUUCGAGGUUGAAGAAGAGGUGUAGAGAAAAUACUAAGAUAGACUCAGCUGGUUCCUACAAGAGUAGGGUGGCGGGUUUUGCCACUGCUCCUCCUUGUGGGACAUUGUCUCUGAUGACCGCGGGAAGAGGCCUAAAGAGGAAGAUAGGUUGCAUUGACGUGGCUACCCAGAUGGGGAGGAAGAACAAGAUUGAAGAUGAUUAUGUUACUAGGGUGACGAUCGGGAAAGGAAAGUAUGGAUCUGUUUCGUUGUGUAGGUCUCUUGUUGGCGGCGCGGAGUAUGCGUGUAAGACUCUGAAGAAGGGGGAUGAGACUGUUUACAGGGAGGUGGAGAUAAUGCAGCACUUGUCUGGGCAUCCUGGGGUUGUGACUCUGCUGGCAGUGUAUGAGGAAGCUGAUUGCUCUCAUCUGGUGAUGGAAUUGUGCUCUGGGGGAAGACUUGUCGACCAGAUGUUUAGGGAGGGCCCUUGUUCUGAACAGCGGGCUGCUAAUAUACUUAAGGAAGUGAUGUUGGUCAUCAAGUAUUGUCAUGAUAUGGGAGUUGUGCACAGCGAUAUCAAGUUUUUUUGUUAUCCUAUGCCUCAUUGUCUAGAAAUUUGCAUUGCAGGUCAGAACUUGACGGGUUUGGCUGGGAGCCCUGCAUAUGUUGCACCAGAAGUGUUGUUGGGUAGAUACUCAGAAAAGGCGGAUAUAUGGAGUGCUGGAGUGCUCCUGCAUGCUCUGUUGGUUGGUGUUCUUCCAUUUAAAGGGGAUUCACAAGAAGCAGUUUUUGAGGCUAUUAAGAAUUCCAAGCUAGAUUUCCAAACCGGGAUGUGGGAAUCAAUAUCUAAACCUGCACGAGAUCUUGUUGGGAGAAUGCUGACAAGGGAUAUUUCAGCAAGGAUAACAGCUGAUGAAGUACUUAGACAUCCAUGGAUAUCUUUCUACACAGAACGUACAUUGAAGAUCCUGCCCGUUGAAUCAAAGUUGAAGCACCAAAAUGGAGCUGCUUGCCACAACUUUGUUGCUGCACCUGAACCUAGGUUAGGAAGAAACAGGAUGGAUGAUGGGUUCCUUAAUGAGGUUUCAAGCCUUUCUUCAUCAUCUGAAAGUUGCAAUUCAUAA